AUGGAGUCGUUUAGCCAAGCUUUCAAGAGGUUUUUGAAAGUUCUGCAGGGUGAACAGAACGCAAGACCGGCUGAAACCCAAUUUUUGAAUUUAAAGUCUCUCAGGAUCAUAUUCACCAGAGUAAGUCAGAAGAAUAUCAAUGAAGACGACUUUGCAUCCUGGACUGCUUUCAUCAAGUACAUGGGGGACUUGGGAUCUACCCCAGUAGAACCCUUAUUGAAAGAAUUCGACUACACCUAUAUUGAGCAUAUCAAGACGCCACUCUCCGAGGGAGCAAUGUUGCAGUCUGAUAUCUUGGCAUACAUCCUUUUGAAGUGUCUAAGCAAACGGCUGCAGUUUUGCUCCAAGCGCAUGAACAAAGUCGAUAACCGGAUUUUCCAAGAGGCAUUACAGCAUACGCCUUAUGGCGAAUACGCAAUUCUCAAGUGGCAUCUUUAUCAAACAACCAAGAAGAACGAGGAUUUGUUAAAGACAAUCAAGGAGCACGAAAAUAAACUCCAGGCAUGCGCAAAAGCACAGGCAUCUCAGGAGAAGAGAUUCAAGGAACUAUCAGACGUCAAUGCAGAGCUUGAACAGGAAAAAAUGGACCUAGAGAUACUCUGUGACACGAAGAUGACGGAGUUGGCCAAAGUAAAUAAGAAAUUGUUUAAAGUCACGAAAGAUUAUGAGCAAUUAAAGGGCGAGAAUGCGGAGUUGAACACGCGCCACUGGGACUCCAAGCAUUUGUCUUCCCCUCUUUUCGAGGGUGCGCCGUCGAUAACCACUCCGGACACACCUGCCUUGUCCGAAGAUAAGAGCUUGCAUUUUAGUCAGUCCAGCGCCGACACUUCGAGGUUGGAGGAGGAGAUUAGGCAUCUCAGGCAGGAGUGUAAUCUCUUGAGCCAUUGGAUCUAUGAAAAUGUCAGUGACAAGCUUUGA